CUGGACUUGGUGCCCUGCCCGGCCCGCACCCGGCUCUCAUGGUCCCGGGGCUCGUAGGAACCCCCCUCAGGCAUGAAGAUUCUGGCAGAAAAUGAAACUCUCUGGGAUAUUGCCAAAGCUGAAGUGGAUAAAAGAGGAAACAAUGGAAGUGAAGGUGAUGGAGUUGAUAUUGGAGAAAAAUCUGUUUUCUUCAUUGGCAGUAAAAAUGGGGGAAAGACUACUAUUAUUCUAAGGUGUCUUGACAGGGAUGAGCCAGCCAAGCCAACCUUAGCUUUGGAAUAUACAUAUGGAAGAAGAGCAAAGGGGCAUAACACGCCAAAAGAUAUUGCUCACUUUUGGGAGCUGGGUGGAGGAAGCUCCUUACUUGACUUAAUUAGCAUCCCUAUCACAAGUGACACCUUGAGGACAUUUUCUAUUGUUCUUGUUUUGGAUCUUUCAAAGCCUAAUGACCUUUGGCCAACCAUGGAAAAUCUGUUGCAAGCCACAAAAAACCAUGUAGAUAAAGUGAUCAUGAAACUUGGAAAGACACAUUCUAAAGCAACAUCUGAAAUGAGGCAGAAGAUGUGGAGUACUAUGCCAAAGGACCAUCCGGAUCGUGAAUUAAUUGACCCAUUUCCAAUACCUCUGGUCAUAAUUGGAAGUAAAUAUGAUAUUUUUCAGGAUUUUGACUCUGAGAAGAGAAAGGUGAUAUGCAAGACACUCCGAUUUGUGGCACAUUACUAUGGAGCAUCUCUAAUGUUUACCAGUAAAUCAGAAGCUUUACUACUAAAAAUCCGUGGAGUUAUCAACCAGUUGGCAUUUGGUAUCGAUAAAAGCAAAUCGAUAUGUGUGGAUCAGAAUAAACCACUGUUUAUCACAGCAGGAUUGGAUUCUUUAUGUCAAAUAGGUGCUCCUCCUGUUCCUGAUAAUGACAUUGGAAAGCUUCAUGCUCAUUCUCCAAUGGAGUUAUGGAAAAAAGUAUAUGAGAAGCUCUUUCCACCAAAGAGUAUCAGCACGCUGAAAGCUACUAAGGACCCGGCUCGAGAUCCUCAGUAUGCUGAAAGUGAGGUUGACGAGAUGAGAGUUCAGAAGGAUCAGGAGCUGGAGCAGUACAAGAAAAAUUCUUCAAAGACUUGGAAACAAAUUGAGCUGGACUCUUAAGCUUAACUCAACUAUUAUGUGUUUAUUUCUUCCUUUCUAAAUUCAAGAUGUUGACCCUCACAGCCGCUUGCAUUUUACAUGGGCUCUCAGAGGGCCAGAAAAGCCCAGGGAUACAUGGAAUUUCCUUGCUCCUCAUGACCAUCUAGGACCAACUUUGCAAACCUAUCAUCCUUCUGUCUUGUUUCUUGAACUCGGUGCUGCUACUACUGUCCAUUUCCUUGUCUUAACAAUAACACCAGACAGCUAUGUGUUGUUUCUGGAUUCCUGGUGAGUUGGAAAAUUAGGCACUGACUCUUUUGAAAUAGGCUCCAAAAAAGAAAUAAUGGUGUGAACUUGGUCCGGUUAACUGGGCCCCCAAGAGCUGCACAUUCUAGUAGCCAAGAUGAAAUACUAGGAAUUAUCUUUGGAAGAACUCUCCUCAAAUUCUCCCCAACUCCCCACUUCAGGGCUUUGUUUCCCUGGAUCCUUAUACCUAAUAUACAUUGAGACUAUUUUUCCUCAAAGAGAAUCGGAAGGGGCCAGGUUUUCCUAAAAUUAAAAACAGACAGUGGAUGGUGGACCUUUGCAAU